AUGAACCCAGCCCAGGCUCAAGGCCGUCAAAAUGGGCUUUCAGAUCAAAAUGAUCUCCAAGAGCAGAACGAGCAAUCACCCAUUAAAGCCAUAUCGGAAAAUGGUGAUCUGAUUCUCGAAUAUAUCGCUCCCGGUGACUCCUCAUCGUCACCCACCAAGCGCAAAUGGCGGGUGGCAAGCGAGCGUCUUACUUCUCGUAGUCCAUAUUUUCAAGCACUACUGGACCCCACCAAGUUUUCCGAGGGAAGGCAAUUCAGUGCCCAAAAGCAAGCCUGGAAUGAAACACAAAUACCAGACUCGACUUUACAGCAUGCGCUACCAACCGUCAGGCUUCCCAGCGUGCACUCUAUCAGCCUGUGUGGAGAAGAUGCCAUCGAACUAUUUCUGAAGAUUCUAUGCCUCGAUUCUUUCGACGAAACGGAAAGAGCGGUGUUUGAAAAUGAGCUGAAAACCCAGUCUGCAUCGCUUGUUGCGAGAAUGAUCGACCUUGCUGAUUCACUCAAUUCUCCUCGUGCUGUCCAUGAUGUUCUGCAGAGGAUUGGAUAUUUAUACGGCAAAUCGAAGCCGGCACUCCUUGCCAGGUUUAACCCAGCUCUUUUGUCAAUGAAGGAAGAUCGGAUUCGACAAAUCAUCUUCAUAUCCGCCUUCCUCAAUGAUCUAAGACUCACUAGAAUCAUGACCCAUGCCUUGCUCAUUGUGGGCUCCAAGUUUUGGAUAAACGGUCUGGAUGCCCCUCAAGAAGAUUCUUUGCGCUGGAAAUAUUUACCAAAUGGUUUAGAAGAGGAAAUCUAUUGUCGCCGUCAAUAUGUUUUAAAUACCAUUACCGACCUACAGGCUCAUUUUCUUCGUGUCUAUGGGGGUCUGGAGGAAACCGACACUGCAAGGUCCGUAGCAAGCAACAGAACAUUGGGCGCAGCUUUCACCGCGUCUGCACAUGUGCUUUUUCAAUCUCGUCGAUUCCAAUGCCGAGGUGGAUUCAACAACGCUAGCCAAUGUGACCUCUUCCAACUCGGCCAGAUGAUCCGAUUUUUUUCAAUGCGUGCCAGGACGAUCUUUCUAGGAUCAACAUUGAUAGAUCCAGACUUCAACUCAGCUCCCAACGAUAGUGAUCACACACCUGGCGAAUCCAAGAACGACCAACUCCCAGGCCCUCCAUCUGAUCUUACCGCCAUCAUCGCCUCUCUCAAACAAUAUCCCGACUAUGCAAUCGACGAAGCCCAUACCGGUUGCGGUGUCCGACGUCGAAUCAUGCCUGCUUUAGAAUGCAUUGAGAAAUUCGUCUGGGAUGACCGCGGUCUCCUUGGUGUCACCCCAGGGGUCUCGGAUACUACUGUUUCAGACCCUCUUCGACCCUCCAAAUGGAUGCUCUGGGAAGACUUCACGCGUACGAAACACACGGUUGAUAUUUCUUUUGCGAGAGUCACGGCUGUGUACUACCCUUCAGCACCGUUGAAAAACCAAGCCACCCGUUCCACACCCCAAGAAGAACUCGGACGGCUGUUGUUUACUGCUGCUCGGAGGGAUUGGAGUGCGGUGGGCUCAGGCUGA